CAAAGGUAGGCUUGUACAUGCAAUCACUAAAGAUAGAUUAUGUAAGUAUAAUACAGCUUAAAUGUAUUUAGAACAAACAGAGAUGAAACCUUUGUAAAUGUGCUCUUUUCUGCUGGCUUGGAAGAAUGUCCGUCAUGUUUUCACGUUAUACAUCUAAGGAGGUGUGGCCAAGGCUAUCUGUAUCAGGGGUGCAAAUAGACAACGAUAAUCUCAAGAGAAAUCACACCGCAGUCCUCUGCCACGGCUUGUGAAGAGGUUUCGCAGACGGUGGAUGGUGCAGCUGAAGUACCAGUACUGUGAGGUAACCAGAGACGAAUUUAAGAAGGAACCCAAUCUUUGCGGCCAGCAACGAACUGCUGAUACCUAUGACGCUGCUGUCGCCUCUCUGUCUGAGGAGAGCAGAGAAGUCAAAGGAAUAAAACUGAGAUGUCUGAAUCAUUUCUACGCUCUGCCAUCACGGAGGCCUUGCCUGACCUUCCAGACGUAGCAAAGGAUAUCCUGCAAGAAACUCUUCAAUCUCUAGGUGUAGAGACCCAUGAUGACUUUCAGUUUGUUAAGGAAGAAGAUUUGUUGUCAGCCUUGAGGCCCAUACAAGCCCGGAAGCUGGUUGCUGCGUGGGGUCUAAAAUGUCCCUUCCAAGAAAGUGGUUCUUCAAGCCUUACUGCCUCACCAGGACCUUCCCCUUCCAUGGUGUCUCUGUCGCCAAUUUCAACGUCAUCAUCCAGCAGUCAGAGCCCAAGAGGCAGUCUUCCAGACUCAUUCAUGAUACCAUGGGGACAGUUCCCAGAGGCUUUGACACAGGAUUUGGAGAGAGGAAGGCGUCCAAAACCAAGUAUGAGGAAAGAGAUGGUCAGAAUUGUGGUCCGCGAAAUGAUGAAAGCAGCCACCUCAUUAAGUAAGAAGAAUGCUACUGAUGUGGCUAGGCAAUUAGUGUCAAAAUACCCCAAGUCACUCCAAGAUGUCAUUGAGGGCGACAUAAUUGGCACAGGGUACAGCUCCCUCGUGAAACAAAUUCAAAAUCGGAUCGAAAAUGUGAAAAGACCUACAACACCAAAAAUUCAAAAAAGAAAAUCACACUACUCUGACACCGACGAAGUCCCCCCUGAAAAACGGGCAGCGAUUCAAGACACCUAUGGGUGCAUCCGUUGGCAUGUCAAGUUUCUGCCCCUUGGGGAAACGCCCGAAAGCCAGCAGCAGAAGAAAGAGGAGCUAAAAAAUCUGUUCAGCCAGAAUGAACAAAGCCCAGGUCCUUUGAAAAUGCUGAUGAAGUCCACAUUCUACAGCCAGCGACAAGACGUGAACCAAGGGAAAGACAUGAAGUACCUCCUGGAAAACUGGCCAUAUUGGUUUCAUGAAAAUGGCAUGAAUGUUCACUUUAACGAGCUCACUGGAGUUGCCCUGAAGGAAACCUUCUUGAAAAAUGUGGAACAGAAGGGGGAAAGGCUCUUGAACUUCAUGAAGACAGUUGCUGUCAACAAAUCCAAAAGAUUCUAUCAAGCUGCAACAAAGCUACAGAUGAUGAUGGGAGAACACCCAGGCAAUACACAGGUCACAGAGAUGGUGCUGCUUCUUCUGGCUUAUUUUGACGAGAGAGAUGAUGUGAUGUUCCAUUACGUGGAGGACACUUGCCUGGCUGGCGAAGUGGUCAUGGACCGAGUUCCCUUGACUCCCACAAUUGUUGUAUGUGGACAAUCCUGCUAUUCCUCCAGAAGGAUGAUGCUGAGUGUGGAUCACGUCAUCGUGAAUGAGAACAUCUCUUCCUUCAUCUCGUCCUUGUGCAUGCUGUUUGGGUCUUAUUACUGCUUCAACAUCCAUUACCCAACUGCACUUGCAUCCACCCUGGAGUUCCUACAGAGCUGUUUCUUCUCCAUUAAUCCAGAGAAGGGGACGAAAGUGGAGCGAACAAAUGCAAAGCGCUUGCAUGUCAAUCCAAGAGUCAUUACGUUGAUUCAGGACCUCUCCGACCACGAAUGGCGUUCCGAUUAAAAAGGUGUUCCUCUGAGUGACCACAGCGGUUCAUGUUUCCCUAAAUGUUCUUCAGGGUGUUCUUCUACAUGUUCCCGCCCAUGAUUGGAGAGCCACUUAAAAAGGUGUUCCUUUGAGUGACCACAGCAGUCCAUGUUUCCCUAAAUGCUCUUCAGAGUGUUCUUCGAGAUGUUCCCGCCCAUGAUUGGCGAGCCACUUAAAAAGUUGUUCCUUUGAGUGACCAAAAUACGGGGCUGAUAGUAAGGCAAGACUUCUAACUUCUAGAUGUUCCCGCCCAUGAUUGGCGAGCAAUUUAAAAAGUUGUUCCUUUGAGUGACCACAGUGCUCAUAUCUCCAUUGUUUUUACAAAAAUAAAUUUGUAUUCUUCUGAAUCAUU